GAGCCCGCUAGAGGGAGACGGUAGGAUUUGGUGGCGCCGUGCGCGGCGCCCGGGGGCGGGGUGCGCGGGUCGGGGCGGAGCCGGUGACGCGGGCAGGGCCGGGCAGUGAGUAUAGGCUGUGCAGUCAGGCCGGUGUCAGUCUGAUGAAGAUUGGCACGCAGCAGGUACUGUCUGAGGUCAGAUCCUGAGGCUUCUCUGCCCUCCAAAACCUUCUGGAAUCUGCACUGAAGUGGAGGCUGAGAUGCAUUUCAGAACUGCCCCUAUGUCAGCAAGAUCAUUUUUCCCAGACUGAAAGCAGUGGAUGCCUGGUCUAGCUAAAAUUUUUUGGACGCCCAUUUAUAUGGUUAUGCUCAUUUGUCUUCUUCAUUCCUGGACAAGAUGAAACUAAAGGUGCCAAGAUAAGAUUGGAUUCUGCUGCUGAGAGAUAACUGAGGAAAAAGAGGAAGUACAGCAACCCAGCAAGAAGAGGUGAAGCUAGGCUCCACUCUACACUACUGCUAAGGCAAAAGUCUCUGGUCAAAGUGUGAAGUAUAAGACACCACAAGUGCUGACAAUAUCUCUCAGACAACUUCAGGUUCUAGAUGUGAAUCAAUCCCAUGAUGCAACAUGUCUCCCCAGCAUCAGCUCUGACAAUGAUGGCCACACAGAGUGUGCCCCCUCCCCCUUACCAAGAGAGCCAGCAGAUGACUGCCACAACACAACAGCCAGCUAAGGCACAGCCAGUGCACAUUACAACACCCUCAGCAGCAGCCAAUACCCCUGUCCCAAGCACUCCCAUUGACCCUCAGGCACAGCUGGAGGCUGACAAGCGGGCUGUCUACAGACACCCUCUCUUCCCACUUCUGACGCUGCUGUUUGAAAAGUGUGAACAGGCAACACAGGGCUCCGAGUGCAUCACUUCAGCCAGCUUUGAUGUGGACAUUGAGAAUUUUGUACACCAGCAGGAACAGGAACACAAACCAUUCUUCAGCGAUGACCCUGAACUGGACAAUCUGAUGGUGAAAGCAAUUCAGGUUCUGAGAAUCCAUCUGCUGGAGCUGGAGAAGGUGAAUGAAUUGUGCAAGGACUUUUGUAACCGUUAUAUCACCUGCCUCAAAACUAAGAUGCACAGCGACAACUUACUCAGGAAUGACCUUGGGGGGCCCUACUCCCCAAACCAGUCCUCCAUAAACCUACACCAACAGGAUAUGCUGCAGAAUUCUCCUAACUCAAUGACUGCAGUAUCCAACAAUCCCCAGGGAAUCAUGGUACCUGCAUCAGCAAUACAGCAGGGAAACAUCUCAAUGACAACAGUCAACUCACAAGUUGUGUCAGGUGGAACCCUUUACCAGCCUGUAACUAUGGUAACAUCUCAGGGCCAGGUGGUAACCCAAGCAAUCCCCCAAGGAGCCAUACAGAUCCAGAACACACAGGUUAACCUGGACCUGACCUCCCUCCUUGACAGUGAAGAUAAGAAGUCAAAGAACAAAAGGGGAGUGCUACCAAAGCAUGCUACAAACAUAAUGCGUUCCUGGCUCUUCCAGCAUCUUAUGGUGAGAAGUCAACAAGUGUGUGAGAGAUUAACACUUUAACUCCCUCUCUUUCCAUAUACUUCUUUGUGGGUACUCAUUUAACAUCGCCUCUUUAUACAGCUAAACAUUUUAUUCUGUGCUUCCUCUUUGAUAGUUGUAAAAAAAAAAAAAACCUUUAGGAGGGUCAGUAAUUAAAGAAGAAAGUAAAGUUAAAAUGUAUAUAUAUAUUAAUCAUAGAGG